CAGCAUUUCAGCAAGGCAGUCUGUGAAGUUUGUCACUAGCAGAGUGGACGAAACUCCUUAAGCGAGCUCGCUUCCAUUUUAAAGUCAGAGAAACAUAAAAGUAGACAGCGUCACUAUUCAUAUGGUCACUUGUUUAGUGUGUGAAGUUGGAGAAGUCAGAACGUCACAAACAUAACUUCUCAUCUGCAAACUGCACUGGAUCCAGCUUUAAUAGAAGCACUGAAACAUGUUUGAAUUAAAUAAUAAAUGAAUCAGACAGAACUUAACUCUACCAAGAUACAAAUGUACAGUGUACAGCAGGUGAAUGAAACCACUGACAGGUUUUGUCUCGGUGUGUUGUGGCGGCUGGAAGAACCUGAACCCAGCGGUGUGUCCAUGAAGAGUGACUGGUCUAUGGAUGGUAUAUGGAGGGAGAUGCUGGAAGAACCUGAACCCAGCUGUGUGUCCAUGAAGAGUGACAGAUCUAUGGAUCAUCCUAUCGUCUUCAAAGACGGACACCACUCCACUAGAAGGGGGAUGCUGGAAGAACCUGAACCCAGCAGUGUGUCCAUGAAGAGUGACAGAUCUAUGGAUCAUCCUAUCGUCUUCAAAGAGGGACACCACUCCACUAGAAGAGUGGACCAGCAGAGCUCAGAGGUUCCCGAUGGUCAGUCUGCCCAGCAGCGUCAGACAGACCUGGACUCCAUAUUUAUGCUGCUGGAGGAGAACAUCUGCACUUUUGUGAAGAACGAGCUGAAGAAGAUCCAGAAGGUUCUGAGUCCAGAUUACCAAGAAUCCUCUGAGACUCAGAGGGAGGAUGAGGAGGAUGAAAAGCAGAUGAGGAGCAGCAGAGAGGCCUUUCUGGAGAUCACACUGCAUUUCCUGAGGACAAUGAAGCAGAAGGAUCUAGCUGACUGUCUGCAGAGCAGAAGUUAUUCUGGAGUCUGUCAGCGUAAUCUGAAGUAUAACCUUCAGAAGAAGUUCAAGUGUGUGUUUGAGGGGAUCUCUAAAGCAGGAAAGCAGACCCUUCUGAAUCAGAUCUACACAGAGCUCUACAUCUCAGAGGGAGGGACUGCAGAGCUCAAUAAGGAACAUGAGGUCAGACAGAUUGAAACAGCAUCCAGGAAACCAGACAGACCAGAAACAACAAUUAGACAAGAAGACAUCUUUAAAGCCCCACCUGGAAGAGAUGACCCAAUCAGAACAGUGCUGACAACGGGAGUGGCUGGCAUUGGGAAAACAGUCUUAACACAGAAGUUCACUCUGGACUGGGCUGAAGACAAAACCAACCAGGACAUACACUUCAUAUUUCCAUUCACUUUCAGAGAGCUGAAUGUGCUGAAAGAGAAAAAGUUCAGCUUGGUGGAACUUGUUCAUCACUUCUAUCCUGAAACCAAAGCAGCAGGAAUCUUCAGGUUUGAAGAUUUCCACGUUGUGUUGAUCUUUGACGGUCUGGAUGAGUUUCGACUUCCUCUGGACUUCCACAAGACUGAGAUCCUGACUGAUGUCACAGAGUCCACCUCAGUGGAUGUGCUGCUGAUAAACCUCACCAGGGGGAAUCUGCUUCCCUCUGCUCGCCUCUGGAUAACCACACGACCUGCAGCAGCCAAUCAGAUCCCUGCUGACUGUGUUGACAUGGUGACAGAGGUCAGAGGGUUCACUGACCCUCAGAAGGAGGAGUACUUCAGGAAGAGAUUCAGAGAUGAGGAGCAGGCCGGCAGAAUCAUCUCCCACAUCAAGACAUCACGAAGCCUCCACAUCAUGUGCCACAUCCCAGUCUUCUGCUGGAUCUCUGCUACAGUUCUGGAUCUGUUGAAAACCAGAGAGGGAGGAGAGCUGCCCAAGACCCUGACUGAGAUGUACAUCCACUUCCUGGUGGUUCAGUCCAAAGUGAAGAACGUCAAGUAUCACGGAAGAGCUGAGACAGGUCCACACUGGGGUCCAGAGAGCAGGAAGAUGAUUGAGUCUCUGGGAAAACUGGCUUUUGAUCAGCUGCAGAAAGGAAACCUGAUCUUCUAUGACUCAGACCUGACAGAGUGUGACAUCGAUAUCACAGCAGCCUCAGUGUACUCAGGAGUGUUCACACAGGUCUUUAGAGAGGAGAGUGGACUGUACCAGGACAGGGUGUUCUGCUUUGUCCAUCUGAGUGUUCAGGAGUUUCUGGCUGCUCUUCAUGUCCAUCUGACCUUCAUCAAGUCUGGAGUCAAUCUGAUGGCAGAGAAACCAACAGGGACGAGUCUCUACCAGAGUGCUGUGGACAUGGCCUUACAGAGUCCAAAUGGACACCUGGACUUGUUCCUCCGCUUCCUCCUGGGUCUUUCUCUGGAGACCAAUCAGAAUCUCCUACGAGGUCUGCUGACACAGACAGUACGUAGCUCAUGGAUCAAUCAGGAAACAGUCCAGUACAUCAAGGAGAAGAUCAGUGAGGAUCUGUCUCCAGAGAGAAGCAUCAACCUGUUCCACUGUCUGAAUGAACUGAAUGAUCGUUCUCUAGUGGAGGAGAUCCAACAGUUCCUGAGAUCAGGAAGUCUCUCCACAGAUAAACUGUCUCCUGCUCAGUGGUCAGCUCUGGUCUUCAUCCUACUGUCAUCAGAAACAGAUCUGGACGUGUUUGACCUGAAGAAAUACUCUGCUUCAGAGGAGGCUCUUCUGAGGCUGCUGCCAGUGGUCAAAGCCUCCAACAAAGCUCUUCUCAGUGGCUGUAACCUGUCAGAGAGAAGCUGUGAAGCUCUGUCCUCAGUCCUCAGCUCCCAGUCCUCCAGUCUGAGAGAGUUAGACCUGAGUAACAACAACCUGCAGGAUUCAGGAGUGGAACGGCUGUCUGCUGGACUCAACAGUCCACAUUGUAAACUGGGAACUCUCAGGCUGAGUGUCUGUAACCUGUCAGAGAGAAGCUGUGGAGCUCUGUCCUCAGUCCUCAGCUCCGAGUCCUCUAGUCUGAGAGAGCUGGACCUGAGUAACAACAACCUGCAGGAUUCAGGAGUGAAGAGGCUGUCUCCUGGACUGGAGAGUCCACAUUGUAAACUGGGAACUCUCAGUCUUUCCGGCUGUCUGGUCUCAGAGGACGGCUGUGCUUCUCUGGCCUCCAUUCUGAGAUCCAACCCUUCCCACCUGAGAGUCCUGGACCUGAGCUACAACCAUCCAGGAGACUCAGGACGGAAACUGCUGGAGGAUCCACGCUGCAGACUGGACACUCUCAGGGCGGAGCCUGCUGGAGUCCACUGGAUGACAUCAGGUCUGAGGAAGUAUCGUUGUGAACUCACAGUCGACACAAACACAGUCAGCAGGAGGAUCAGACUGUCUGACAACAACAGGACGCUGAUGCAUGUGAUGGAGGAUCAGCCGUACCCUGAUCAUCCAGACAGGUUUGACUACUGGCCUCAGCUGCUGUGUAGAGAUGGUCUGACUGGUCGCUGUUACUGGGAGGUCGAGUAUAGAGGACUGGUUGAUGUAUCAGUGAGUUACAGAGGAAUCAGACGGAGGAGAGGAGACAGUGUUGACUGUCAGUUUGGAAGGAAUGACCAGUCCUGGAGUCUGAUGUUCUCUCGUGGUGUUCCCACUGUCAGGCACAAUGAUAGAGAAACAUCCUCCCCCAGCAUCUCCCAAAGAAUGCAUCGCAUGUUAAAUCUCCACAAUUUCCCCUCCUCUGGUAGAGUAGGAGUGUAUGUGGACUGUCCUGCUGGCAUUCUGUCCUUCUACAGAGUCUCCUCUGGCUCUCUGAUCCACAUCCAGACCAUCAACACCACAUUCACUGAACCUCUUUAUCCUGGCUUUGGGUUUAUGUGUCCUACUUCCUCAGUGUCUCUGUGUCCUCUGUGAGAGGACAGACUGUCUCCCCCUCUCCUCUCUGCUCUGUGUAAACAGCCUCUCCUGUCCUCUCCUCUCUGCUCUGUGUAAACAGCCUCUCCUGUCCUCUCCUCUCUGCUCUGUGUAAACAGUCUCUCCUGUCCUUUCCUCUCUGCUCUGUGUAAACAGUCUCUCCUGUCCUUUCCUCUCUGCUCUGUGUAAACAGCCUCUCCUGUCCUCUCCUCUCUGUUCUGUGUAAACAGCCUCUCCUGUCCUCUCCUCUCUGCUCUGUGUAAACAGCCUCUCCUGUCCUCUCCUCUCUGCUCACAGAGAUUUUCUCACAGAUUUUCAGUGAAUAUUUGUGACAGUCAGUCAAGACAGACAGUUUUCUAAUAUUUUACAGUUUUUGUUUAUAUUUUUGGGGAGAAAAUCUUUCUUCCAUUUCCCAGAUGUUUUAUUGAUAAAACGAAUCCUCUUGUAUUAUAACUUCACAUGUUUUACCUGUUUUCUACUCGGUAGAUUUUCAUUCUUUUUAUUGUUAUUUUUUUAAUUUAUACUAUUACUGAUGUAUAGUUGAUUUCAGUGGUGUAAUCCAGGAUAAACGCCGGUAUACGGCGUAUACUUACUUAUAUUUCAGUCAGAAUUGCGUAUAGCCACUUCUAAAUCCCCCCUGAUGCGCAACAUUCAGUAAUAUCUGUGAGCCAGAUUGUCCAUUUUUUCCUCUAGGAUGGUGAAGCCAUGACCCGCCCUCCUCUGCCUCUAAUUGGCUGGUACUCGCUGCCUUCACUGAUUAGAUUGGUUAACUAUAGAGCAUGAGGACUGAUGAGCCAAUCAGAGGCAGAGUAGGGCGGGUCAUGCCGAGGAAAAUAUUGCUAACACCUCAGUGCCACCCCAGUUGAUUGACAGGUCACUGCACGUAUCCUUUAAAGAUGCACGAUUAUUGGAAAUGCGAACAAAAAAGGCAGAAUAAACAUCUUUCAAGUGAGUGGCACUAGGGGUGUGCCAUAUCGUAUCGUUCACGAUAAUAUCAAUAUAUUUUUUUCAUGGUUAAAAAAAAUGCAUAUCAUGAUAUUGGCAACAUUCCUACUUCUUGAUGUAGUAGCGUAAGGCUAACAAUUAGAGUUGUUUUAAUCACAAAAAGCUGCUUACUCUCUGUUGCUAAACACAUGCAGCUUUCAAAAUAAGAGCACAGUGUGUUAACAGAAUCCACCACAGAACUUACAAGAAAACUGUCAAAAUAAGAUGCCUUAAAUAAAACAUACAAGAACCUUUAUUCUCCUUUACAAAAUGUCAUUAACAUAUGCCCCCGAAAACCCUAAAUGGUUAUUUUUUAUUAUUAUUGCUCAUACUCAAGAGACGAGAGUAAUUUUUUUUGUAUUUGGCAACUGUUGAGAUUUGCACUUCACACUAUAUUUUUGAUUUUUAUUUAUUUAUAUAGACUAAAAAAACAUAUUUUCUAUAUCUUUUUAAGUAUUUCGUAAUAUCGUGAAGAAUAAUCGUUAUUGCAAAAAUAGCCUGAAAUAUCGUGAUAUUCUUUUAGGGCCAUAUCGCCCAGCCCUAAGUGGCACGUAUCGAGAGCAAACCUGUCUGGAAUAUACUGUAGUAUGACCAAAGUGCUGGGUUGAGAGAGUUCAUCACUGUUGAUGUGUUGUAAAUGUAUAUAUUUUUGUUCAUUGUUAACUCAGUAUUGUUGUUUUGUAACAUAUUAUUUUGCUGAAAUGAUUUAAAUGAAGAUGUUCAAAGCAAAGCAGUAAUUAAAAAAAUGAUGACAUUCAAUAUUUGUAGCGAUAUGUACAUAUAUAUAUAUCGAAGCAUGCUAAAAUAGUGUUCAGCUAUUGAAAACCAAAACAUGCAUUUCAAUUUUAUGACACUUUUGAGUUUAUCUGAUUGGUUUUGAUGUGUGGA